CCGGCCGAGGCCCGGGCCGGCCGCCCCCGCCGCGCUCGCCCAUGGCGGAGACCAAGAUCAUCUACCACAUCGACGAGGAGGAGACGCCGUACCUGGUGAAGCUGCCCGUGCCGCCGGAGAAAGUCACGCUGGCCGAUUUCAAAAAUGUCCUCAGCAACCGGCCCGUGCACAGCUACAAGUUCUUCUUCAAGUCCAUGGACCAGGAUUUCGGGGUGGUGAAAGAAGAAAUCUCAGAUGACAAUGCAAAACUCCCUUGCUUCAAUGGCAGAGUGGUGUCCUGGCUGGUCCUGGCUGAAAGUUCCCACUCUGACACAGGUUCCCAGUGCACUGAGAGCCAGCCAGAGCUUCCACCACCCCUGGAGAGGACAGGAGGAAUUGGAGACUCCAGGCCCCCAUCCUUCCACCCCAACGCUGCCAGCAGCAGGGAUGGCCUGGACAACGAGACAGGAACAGAGUCCGUGCUCAGCCACCGGCGCGAGCGGCACCGGCGCCGGAACCGCGAGGGCCACGAGGACGCCCCCAGGAUCAACGGGCACCCCAAGCUGGACCGGCACCGUGAGCACCCCCCAGGCUACGACAGCUCCUCCACCAUGAUGAGCAGUGAGCUGGAGUCCAGCAGCUUCAUCGACUCUGAGGAUGAUGACAACACCAGCAGGUUGAGCAGCUCCACGGAGCAGAGCACUUCAUCGCGCCUCAUCCGCAAGCACAAGCGCCGGAGGAGGAAACAGAGGAUGAGGCAGAUCGACAGGUCGUCCUCGUUCAGCAGCAUCACAGACUCCACCAUGUCCCUAAACAUCAUCACUGUCACACUCAACAUGGAGAAGUACAACUUCCUGGGAAUCAGCAUCGUGGGCCAGAGCAAUGACCGGGGCGAUGGCGGCAUCUACAUCGGCUCCAUCAUGAAAGGAGGGGCGGUGGCAGCGGACGGGCGCAUCGAGCCCGGGGACAUGCUGCUGCAGGUGAAUGAUGUCAAUUUUGAGAACAUGAGCAAUGACGAUGCCGUUCGGGUUUUACGGGAAAUCGUCUCCAAACCAGGACCUAUCAGCCUAACAGUAGCCAAAUGCUGGGACCCUACUCCCAGGAGUUAUUUCACCAUCCCCAGGGCUGAGCCGGUGCGGCCGAUCGACCCCGCGGCGUGGAUCUCUCAUACCACGGCCAUGACGGGAGCGUACCCCCGUUACGGUAUGAGCCCCUCCAUGAGCAUCACCACAUCUACCAGCUCCUCACUAACAAGCUCAAUUCCCGAGUCGGAAAAGCUGGAAGAAUCUCCUUUAACUGUGAAGAGUGACAUGGCUACUAUUGUCAAGGUCAUGCAGCUGCCAGACUCAGGCCUUGAAAUUCGGGACAGGAUGUGGUUAAAAAUCACCAUCUCCAAUGCAGUGAUAGGAGCAGACGUGGUGGACUGGCUCUACACCCACGUGGAAGGCUUCAAGGACCGCCGGGAGGCGCGGAAGUACGCCAGCAGCAUGCUGAAACACGGCUACCUCAGGCACACUGUGAACAAAAUCACCUUCUCAGAGCAGUGCUAUUACGUCUUCGGAGACCUCUGUGGCAAUCUGGCUGCACUGAACCUGAACAACGGUUCCAGCGGCGCCUCGGACCAGGACACCUUGGCUCCACUGCCACAUCCUGCUGCUCCCUGGCCCUUGGGGCAGGGAUAUCCCUACCAAUAUCCUCUGCCCCCUCCUUGUUUCCCACCAGCCUACCAAGAUCCAGGCUUUAGCUAUGGCAGUGGCAGUGCAGGCAGCCAGCAAAGUGAAGGGAGCAAAAGCAGCGGCUCCAACCGCAGCACCAGCGAGACCAGCAGGAGAGGAGCGGGCAGGGACAAGGAGCGCAAAUCUGGCGGCAGCGGCAGCGAGUCGGAGCCGGGAGCGCGUCGAGAGCGGCCGCUCAGCCAGCUCAGCCACAGCGACAGGAGCCACCAGAGCCACCAGAGCCACCAGAGCCAGCACUCCUACGGGCCUCCAGGGCUGCCCCCUUUGUACAGCCUGCCCAAACUGGGCUCCAAAGUGCUGGGCAGCUCUGGCCCACCCGGGGCACCGCCGGUGCGCGAGCUGAGCGCCGUGCCGCCCGAGCUCACCGCCAGCCGCCAGUCCUUCCAGAAGGCCAUGGGCAACCCUUGUGAGUUCUUCGUGGACAUCAUGUGAGAGGAAGUGCCUUCAAAAGACUCAGCACAGGUUGUUUAUUUGGGGGGGUUGAGGGGUUUUUUUGGUUUUUUGGGGGGGUUUGUGGAAGAGGCUUGGCUGUUUUGCAUGUCGCACCUUCCUGUUCGCAAGUGUGUCGCAGAGGAAAAAAGAAAAAUGGACAAAACUGAACAAAAAAACAACAAAAAAAGGAAAAAAAAAUACAAAAAAAAAUAUCUCACCACCCCCCUGCCUACAAAAUGAACAACAGAAUCUCCUGGGAUUGUUAAAUAUCAGCAAAUCAACGGCAUCUUUUUGUUAUUUUUUUUUUCCCCUCCCCAUCUCGUUCUGGAUUGUGAAUGGCUGGUGUAUAUUCACAUCUUAAUGAGCUUUGGUCAUUGUGGCACCUACUUCAGUGGAAUUAGUGUCUCUCUUUGGGCUGAUUGGAGGACUGCUAUUUCACAUGACUUCUAAAUUCCUGACAAUGCAUAGGAGCACUUUGAUUUUUUUUCCCUGCUUUUUUUUUCUCUUGCAAGGACAAAACGACUGCUGGCUGGUAUCUGGGAUACUGCCCUGCCAUGCUGGGAUGCAUCCAUAGCUCUGAGCUGACCUGGCACCCACAAGUGCUUGGAAAGGAGUAGGAUCCAACCAAUUCCUAGAGGAAAACAAAGUUGUGGCUACUUUCUGCAGACUAGGAAGUAUAAAUCAAUCUUUCUUGGGUUCUUUGAGGGGUUUUUUUUAAGAUAUUCUGUCAAGGCGGUGCUGGAGUCUUGCUACUGUGUGUGUUGAUUGUGCAGAACUUGUCAAGGCAUUUCCUUCAGUUAUUUCCUUAUUUCCCAAGAGGGAUUUUCCAGCUGCACUCAGUUCCUGGGCAUUUCAGUCACAUCCCUGCUGCCAGGUGUGGCUGUUCCCUCUGGGUGUGCACCUGAUGCAGGUUGGAAGAGUUAUUCCCACAGAAACAGGGAAAUCUCUGCAGUUCUCUCAGCUUUUCCCUUUUGAAGGGGCUGUUGCUCCCAUUCCAGCAGAGACACUGGGAAAUCCUGGCUCCCACUGGGAGGUGGCUCUUCAUUGUGAUCCCUCCUUCCUGCCUGAGCAGAAUCUUUUGAAACAGAGACCUGGAGAUGUCUGAUCCCCCAGGGCACAGAGGUGUGAGAGUGUCUGAGAACAGAUCAGCAGUGGUACAAAAAGAAAUCCUGACCUCUGACACUGAGUGAGAUCCAUCUGGGGCUCCUCAAAAAUAAAUCCUUACCCUGGCACUGAAUAAAACCCACCCUGAAGCUCCUCAAAAAUAAAUCCUUACCCUGACACUGAGUAGAAUCCACCUUGGAGCUCCUCAUAAAUAAAUCUUUACGCUGACACUGAGUGAGAUCCAUCUGGAGCUCCUCAAAAUAAAUCCUUACCCUGACAUUGAGUGAGACCCUCCCUGAAGCUCCACAAAAAGAAAUCUUUACCCUGACACUGAGUGAGACCUACUCUGGGGCUCCUCAAAAUAAAUCCUUACUCUGACAGUGAGUGAGAUCCAUCUGAGGCUCCUCAAAAAGAAAUCCUUACCCUGACAUUGAGUGAGACCCUCCCUGGAGCUCCUCAAAAAGAAAUCCUUACCCUGACACCCAGUGAGAUCCAUCUGGAGCACCUCAAAAAGAAAUCCUUACCUCCCUGAAGCUCCUCAAAAAAUAAAUCCUUACCCCUGACACUGAAUAAAACCCACCCUGGAGCUCCUCAAAAAGAAAUCCUUACCCUGACACCCAGUAAAACCCACUCUGGGGCUCCUCAAAAAGAAAUCCUUACCCUGACACCCAGUAAAACCCACCCUGCAGCUCCUCAAAAAGAAAUCCCUGACACUGAGAUUUACCCUGCAGCUCCUCAAAAAGAAAUCCUUACCCUGACUUUUCUUCCUGCUGAGGAGCUCUGAUGAAACAACUGCUGUUGAAUAUCCCCAAGAUUUAAUUUCUGGCUGUUUUCUGCUCUGAGGCUCUGGAAAGUAAAUUCAGGAAGCUUCAGUGAUAUUUAAGAAGGAUUUUUAAGGUGUGUCUCAUUUAAUGGACAGGAGCUGCAGCCACUCAGUGGCACCUGAGCAUUCCUCAGGUCAGUCCUUUUGUGAGAUCCCUGAGGACUGGUGCUUUAAAAUCAAUUUAAAUCAGCUUUUUCUUCACUGCUCAGGAGCUUCUUUUUGGUCUGUUCUGUGUUUUUUGGGUAAAUACCCAAGGUGGAUAAUUCUCUGUAUGUCUCUAUACACACACAGCUCAUUUCUCACCCUUUCAUUCUGAUUUUUCACUUCUUUCCUUUUUCCCACCUCUGUGUGCAAACUCCUCCCUUUGUCAGAGACUCCAGAUGUUUGUGGUAAUGGGAGAUUUCAAUUUCUCCUUCCACAGGAAGCCAGGAAUUUGGGCAGCUCUGUCACUCAGAGGGCUCCUAAAUUAAUUCUCUUUACAAAAACCUCCCCCAAAAGCUGCCCAAGGCUUCUGAAAGCAGAGCUUUGGCUCCUCCCAGAGAGGCAACCUGACUUUUCCUUCCCUCCUCCUUCCAGAUGCAAGCCUGACUUGGUGAAUUAUUCUGAAAUAUUGGCACUUAAAGCAGUGAAGCAAAAAAACAAAAAAAAAAUAUCAGGGUAAAAUAGUGGUGGAAUUCUGCUCUGUCUCCAGGAGACACUGCUGAGGAGUCUGUGACUUCACUGACAAUCACUAAUGGUUCUACUUUGAAAUUAAUUAAGAUUUUUCUGGUCUCUUUAAAUGAUGAUUUCUCUGGCCCUGUUUGUUUUAAGGCUCAGAGAGCUGGAGGCUAAAAUCUCAUUUUUAUAUUUAAAAAAAAAAGGAAAGUAUUAAAGCUGAGGGCUGAGCUUUCACCCAGGUUUAAUUCCCUGAUGUUUUUCCAAGAGUUGCAGUUUACACCUGCUGGGGGUUUGGUUUUGUCUCGUGGUUUUGCUGUUGGCAGAAACUGUUCUGUGUCUUGCUGGUCUUUGCUGCUAUGUUGAAAAAUGUGUUCUAAACGUUUGUGCUCGUGGCUCACCAGGCUGGGAGUCCCCAGCAGAUGUUUGCUGAGGAAAUCAGGCUGGAGGAGCUUCCCCCGCUGCAGGUAAAGGACAAAAACACCUAAAAAACACCUAAAAACACCUCUGGGUGCUGUUCCUGCUGUUUGCAGACAGAGUAGGAGGGAGCAGUGCCCCUCUUGAACAGUGCAAUAUUGAACAGCAGCACAGGAAUCCUGCAUUUCCCAGCCUGGCCUGGAUUUUUACAGAUCUCCAUUUCCUCAAGGGCAAAAAGGCUGGAGAUUUCCCAAAUAAAAAUCCUGCAUUUCCCAGCCUGGCCUGAACCUUUACCAGAUCUGCAUUUCCUCAAGGGAGGAAAGGAUGGAGAUUUCCCAAACAAAAAUCCUGCAUUUCCUCACCCUGGCCUGGAUUUUUACCAGAUCUGCAUUUCCUUGAGGGAACAAACACAGAAAUCCUGCAUUUCCUCACCUUGGCCUGAAUCUUUACCAGAUCUGCAUUUCCUCAAGGGCAAAAAGGCUGGAGAUUUCCCAAACAAAAAUCCUGCAUUUCCCCACCCUGGCCUGGAUUUUUACCAGAUCUGCAUUUCCUUGAGGGAACAAACACAGAAAUCCUGCAUUUCCCACCCUGGCCUGAAUUUUUAGCAGAUUUCCAUUUCCUCAAGGGAAAAAAGGCUGGAGAUUUCCCAAACAAAAAUCCUGCAUUUCCCCACCCUGGCCUGGAUUUUUACCAGAUCUCCAUUUCCUCAAAGGGAAAAAGGCUGGAGAUUUCCCAAACAAAAAUCCUGCAUUUCCCAGCCUGGCCUGAAUUUUUACCAGAUCUCAGGAACAAAGGCUGGAGAUUUCCCAAACAAAAAUCCUGCAUUUCCUCACCCUGGCCUGAAUUUUUACCAGAUUUCCAUUUCCUCAAGGGAACAAAACCUGGAGAUUUCCCAGAUGCCAUCCUUGCCUUCCAUCCUUUGUGUCCUUGCAGCCCUGGCAGCUCCCUGUGCAGCUCUGGGCACAGCAGGAACAUUUGCCAACCAUGCCAGGUGGAAAAAAAUUUGGAGGCUGGAAUGCUGCAGAGCCAUCAUUUCUUUCCCUGAAAUUUAAUUUGAUUUGUACCCUGUGGCUCCAGGGAGAGGUUUGCUGUGCAGGGAGCACCCUCAGAACAGGAGCCUGGAAUAAUUUGAUAUUUUUAUUCAUUUCUGCAGCUCAGUGCUCACACAUGCAGCAGCAGGGAUGCCUGCAGGAUCCUGGAAUAAUUUGAUGUUUUUAUUCAUUCCUGCAGCUCAGUGCUCACAGCUGCAGCAGCAGGGAUGCCUGCAGGAGCCUGGCAAAGGGAAAGGAAAUUUUGGGAUAUCUCCCACCCACCAGAUGCAGGAUCUGCAGGGGAGGUGUCUCCACCCAGGUUUUGAACUCUGAGGAGUAAAUUCUUUAGCAAAUAGUCUUAAAAGCAUGCUGGUGUUUUUACCUCCUGUUAAUGAACCUGCUUUUCCAAGGAAAGUCCCUGGACCCUUUAUCCAAAGGUUUUAUUGGAUGGCAAGCAAUGAUGCACAGACUUGGACUUUUGCUAUGAUUUUUGUUCCCUCCUGAGACUUGACAGCUCAUGGGUAGAUGUAAUUUUUUUUUUUGUUUGUUUUGUUUUGUUUUGUUUUUGCAUUUAACUGGAUUGUAAUAAGAUUGACUUAAAAUUAUUAAUUCUAAUCAGUGAUUAGAAAGACAUGUAAAGAAUUUUAUGUACAGUAGAGGAACAAAGUUACAUGAUUUUAAAUAAUGAAAACCCAGACUAUCACCUAUCCUAGAAUUGGUUCUACUCAAAGAGUGACCUCUUAUUAGCAUGGACUGCACUGUUCCUGUUAAAUGUCUAUUGCAUAAUUGAAUUCUUUUUUGUAGAUAUUGUAUUAAAACCCAAGUGUCUGUAUAGUUAAUAUAUAGCUGCUUAUGUGUAAAUGCUAUUUUAAACACUAAAAAGCUUUUAAUUUUAUGUGAUAA